CCCAUGGAAACCACGUGAGAUCCCUAAGGCGAGAGCAAUCCGAGGAAACAAUGGUCUUUUCAUGGGCGAAAUGGGCUGAGCUGUCGUUGGCAGUCAUCUUUGCGUCCAUUCUUUUCACUUUCAAUCGUCCAAGCGACGCCUUUCGGAUCCCCUUAUCACUGCAACGUUCGCUAUCUCGGCAACCAACUCGCCUGAAGGAGAGGCAUCAAGAUGCGGGUUCAGCAAAUGAGGCAGAUGCUUUGAUCUCGAGGAGGCGCCUUAUCGAGGGGCUGCCUGUUGCUGGGCUGCUGCUGAUCCCAGCAGCAGGCACUCCAGCGCGGGCUGACGAUGAGAAGCUGGAAUACAUGCCCGGACUGGUCACUGGCGGAUCCCAGCGCUUCGGCAAGACGAGAGCAAAGUGAGUCAAAUGAGGCUACUCUGCGCACAUGGGUGAAUGGCUGGUUGAUGUGUUUGUGCGCAGGUAUCCUGAUUUUGAGCAGACUGCCUCUGGUAUGUGCGUGAGGUCGUCACGUCACGCACACCGUCUCUCAGUACUGCACGCCUGACGCUUUCUGCAUGUUUGUCAGGUCUUCAGUUCAAAGACGUCAAGGAGGGUGAGGGGACACCGCCUGCCAAGGGAGACCGAGUGGUGCUUGACUGGGAGGGAUACACAAUAGGUUACUAUGGUACGGUAGGCAUGGAGGAGCGGGCUUUGCAAUGCCACGUCCAGCGACAUGUGCGUCGUUCAGGUCGUAUCUUCGAGAAGAAGAGUGGGGUCGUCAAGGGCUCUGCAUUCGCUGACAAUGUGUACAACGACCCCAAAGUACAACGCACGAGGAAAGGCUGAGGCAUCAGCCCUAUUGUGCCUGUUGCCAUGCGCUGUGUGCGUCAGCUCAUGCGGUUCGUCGUCGGGUCUGGCUCGGUGAUUCCAGCCAUUGAUGAAGCAGUGCAAUCGAUGAAGCCUGGAGGGAUCCGGCAAAUCGUCGUCCCGCCUGAAAUCGGUAGGGAAUAUCGUCAUGUGUUGUCGCCUAUUUGUCACGUUUCUGUUGGGUGUGUUUUUUCCUGCAGGUUAUCCGAUGGAAAAGGAUCCGAAUCACGAGAUGGUCGGGCCGAAGCCAUCCACAUUUUCCGGACAGCGUUCGCUCAACUUUGUCCUUGAAAAUCAGGUCCGUAGGGGAAAGAAGCAAGCGCCCAAAGGCCGUCAACAUGCCUAUCAGCGUUGUCACGUGUGUCAUUUGCAGGGGCUGGUGGACAAAACCCUGCUAUUCAACCUGAAGUUGUUACGAGUGGAUGCCUCAAGAAAGCUGGCAGGACUCAGCUUUUGAGGUGUGUCGUUUGAGUACGGACGUGUAGACAGAAAACAGAGCAUGUCCCGACGAAUGCACAAUUGGUGAGGAUGGUGAUGAAUAUGCACCGGAGCAGAAAAGCUAGGCCCUGAGGUCAAACCUGAACCUCUCGACAGGGCCGACGCGGCCGUGUGCCCAUGGUCCGUAUGGCGCGGCAGCUGACUUGCUCUCUCGAAUAGCAGCCAAGACUUCCCAUCUCACCAUCACAUCAUGUCUUCAAUGCAUCCUUCUACCGC